AUGAAGAAGAAUGUGCUCCAGAUCCUCAAGAGCACCACAGUGGCAGCAGGCAGAGGAAACCUGAAACCAUCUGAAACAGCUAAUUCACCAAACCUGGCUCAGGAGCUGAGUGAGAUUAAGCAGAUGCUGUUGACAUUAAUACCUGUCAGGGGAAAAGUAGAUGAGCUGUCUAGAACAACACAGGAAAUCAAGCUUUCUGUCGAGGUGACGUCUGAAAAAUAUGAUGAAAUUAUGAGGAGACAAAUGGAGCAGGAGAAAGCGCUGAAAGAGAUAGGUGCUAAGGUUAGGCGCCUCGAGGAGAGUAAAACCGAUGACUGCGAACAAUUGCGACAAGAGGUGAAUCGACUUGAGCAGUACACAAGACUGAAUAACCUAGAAAUACAUGGUGUCAAGGUGACUCAGCAUGAAGAUCUUCACGGAAAAUUCUGUGAGAUUGCAGACCGGCUUGGUCUCGCUAAACCUGAAAUUCACCAAAUAGAAGCCCUUCAUAGGUUACCGUCGAAGCCCGGAAAGAUUCCACUCAUCAUUGUGAGAUUUGCAAAUAGAAGACACCGAAAUGAGUGGCUUAAAAAUAAGCACAGAUUAAGAACUGGAGUGGAAAACCGGUUAGAUGUGGAGGAAAUCUACAUAGACGAGAAUAUGACCAGUCAAAACAAGAGGCUAUUUUUUCUUUCCCGCAAGAAAGUGAAGGAAGGCAAGGGUAGGUUUGCCUGGCACAAGGACGGUCUGAGCUUUGUGCGGAAAUCGGAAGGGUCCCCCGCGAUUAGGAUACACAGGGACAGUGACCUUGAUACUGUGUAG